UGUCUACGUAACAUUUGUUUUGCGAUUUCCAUGUUACUUGUUGGUUAUUUUCAUUGAUUGCGUUCGAAAUUUAGCAAUUACUUCUUCCAAACUACAAAAAUGUAGUCAUAUUACAUGUAAUAAUGUUAAACCAGUAAAGUAACCAUUCCUCACCAUGGAUUUUACUUUCGUCCUCUGCGGCAUUGCGGUUCUUUAUGGAGUUUUAUUGUUCUUUGACCUCUUCUUCAAGAGUUGUAUGCUAAAGCCAUACAUUUGUUUCCUGAAAGGAACUGGCAUUUCUAUCAAGUUUUUCCAAAUUAAAUGGGAAACAACCAUCUUCAAUCGAUUAUUCCUCAGAUGGGGUAACACACCCACCCAAUGGAGCAUCUGGUUCACCUGGGGCAUGUACCUGACACUGUUAAUUCUUCCAGUUUCUGUGUUGCUCUUAAUCAUAGCCCUUAGUCAAAAUUUCAUUUCCACAAAUGUGGCUGGUGUCUACAAGUCCUCAAACUUAGUCAUUGAACCAUUAAUACCUGGCCUCAAUCUCCCAGCAAGUGAGAUUGGCUAUUAUAGUUUAAGUUUAAUUCUAUGUAGUAUAAUUCAUGAAUUAGGUCAUGCAAUUUCAUCUGUGAAGGAAGAUGUGCAUAUUAUUAAUGUGGGCAUUAAUAUUUUGUACAUCCUUCCAGUUGCUUACGUAAAUCUUAGUUCAGAACGUCUCAACGCGUUAAAUCCAUGGAGAGCUUUGAGAAUUCUGUGUGCUGGUAUAUGGCAUAACUUAGUUUUAAGUAUGAUUGCUUAUUUAUUGUACUGUAGUCUACCUUAUGUGUACACAAUUGCUUUCAAUCUGAACCAAGGCAUUAUUGUAACAGAUAUGAAAGAAAACAGCCCAUUGAUGGGCAGUAGGGGCCUUGAGGUGCACAACGUAAUAACGAAAAUUAAUCUCUGUGAGAUUAAGAACGAAGCGGACUUUUACAAUUGCUUACAUCGCGCAUAUGUUGACAAACGCGGAUAUUGCGUGCAUGCGGAUAUGGUGCAUGACUUGGACGAGAGUAUUCCCUUGAAAUACACCAGUAACGGUCUGGAUUGUUGCGAUGAAGAGAAAACUGACAAUCUCUGUUUUGAAUACGUUGACCACAACGAUGGCGUAUUGGAAAUUCCACCCCACGUUUGUCUCCCAGCUCGAACCGUUGUAGAAACAGCAACGCUGACAUGCGGUGGAGUCUCCAACAUUGAAUGUUCUAAUAAAUUACACUGCAUCAAACCGAUGCUGGAUAACGUAACAACAUUGAUCAAAAUCAUGCGCGAAAAUCGUCCUGAUGUCAUUUAUAUUGGACAUCCCGGUGAUUUGAUUCAAACUAUUACGGUGAGCUCGUUUAUUCCUAAGCAUUGGACGUCCACACUGCUAUUUCCCGACAUGGUGAUGAAGUUUCUAGAGUAUAUUAUUGUUAUUUCGACUGGCUUAGCACUGAUCAACGUCAUUCCAUGUUUGUUCAUGGAUGGCCAACAUAUCACCAACUGUUUGGUGGAUAUAUUGAUGACGAACACGCCGAGGGAGAAGGCGAGGAUGGUAGCGACUUUUAUUUGUUUGUGCAGCACGGUUAUAUUGUUGUUUCAUUGUUUUUACACUAUCUGGUUGAAGCUCGUGUAGGGGUAACUACUGAAUUUUGAUAGUUCGUUUUAACUAUAGACUGGUACUGACAUUUUAGUUUUAAGGAGAUUGUAAGUGAAACUAUAGGAAAUAAAUUACUAAAUUGAGAGGAGUUAA